GCUUAAACCGGGGAAAGUUAUUUCCUGAAGUUGACCAGGAGUGAAUAAGUCCUACUUUGAGCUCUCACACCAACCCAAACCCUAAACAAACACUAGAUGAUUUUCACGACUAAGACAUUUGGUGCCAUUACAGAACAGCUCGGACACAAAUGAUUGAUAAUGGAACCGUCAGAGAAAUAUCAGAAUGACGACAAUGGUAAGAACGUCACCUAGCUAGCCAUCAACAAGUGCUUUAGCUAGGCUAGCUUGAUUGCUAGCUAACUAACCCUUAGUGAUAGUCAAAACUCACAAAUGCGUUUGCAUUUCGGAAUGUAGAUACAGAUCACUAAACAUUUACAAAAUGUUGCUAUUGCUGGAGCUGUCACUUGCUGAGUGAACUCUUUUGACCUUUCUGUUACUGCCACAAAGUCAAAAUUGGCUAUAUCGUAAAGAUUAAUAAACGAAAAUGUACUUUUUGGUCUUAAUUUAAGGUUGGAGUUAGGCAUACGGUUAGGUUUAAAAUCAGAUUUUAAUAAGAUAAAUUGUAGAAAUAGGCGGGGGUUUAGCCAUAAUAAUUAUGAUUUUGUGGAGACGUCAGUCAACCUAGUUAGAAGCUGUGGCAGUUGUGUGCUAAGGAUGGCCUUUUCUCUACUGAGAAACAGCCAAAACAAUGUUAUGUCAGUUCGAUUGUCAACAGGUGAUUGAUAAAAACAGCUCCUGUUGUAUUAUUGUACACAUAUUAUUACAUUCAUGAAUUGCUUUGCAUGUGGUGUUUUGCAAUGUUAUUGACAUCGGAAGGAAUAGCCUGUGUAGUAGGUCUAAGUGCAAUUGCUUGCAUUAUCAUUCUUUAUGCAGCUCAUAAUAUAUUUUGAAGUCAGUCUCUCUCUAGGACUGUUGAAUUCCAUUCACAACCUUGUAUUGUCCUACAUUCACCAUAAACAUAUCUCUUAUGAUAUCUCUCAAUUGUUCUGCUUGUCAGAUGCAAUGGAGAGCUUGCAGGCCCAGCUAGCAGAUUGCCGAGCGCAGCUGGAGCACUGGCAGGGCGUGGCGACGAUCUGCGAACUAAGCAAACAGGAGGAGCUGGGAGAGCUGCAGAGACAGUGUGACCAGGAGAUCCAGUCUCUUCAGGAGGCCCUCAGAGGUCAGAGAGAGAGAUACACACAGUGUGACCAAGAGAUGCAGUCAGAGGUGGAAGACACCUUUUCUACAUACCAGUGUUUCCCUACCAAAGUUCCCCCCCAUGCCUUCUAUUCGUCAUCUGUUCGCAAUGGUGGCUAUGGUCAAAAGUAUUGCACUAGAUAGGGAAUAGGGUGCCAUUUGGGACACAGAGAAUGUGUAGGACCUACCUAGAUGGCCUGUUAUUGUCUGUCAUCAUCUCCUUUCUCUCUCUUCUAUUCUCAGAGACUGCUUCUCAGUAUGAGGCUAGAAUAUCUACUCUGCAGUCUGAGCGUGCCCAGUGGAGGAGAGCCAGUGUGCAGUCUCAGGUGUGUGUGUGUUCACCUCAACGUUACUAAACCCAUUUCUUUGUCUCUGACUCUCUCUCUCUCUCUCUCUCUCUCUCUCUCUCUCUCUCAGGGCAGUGUAAAGAAGGACAGGUUGGAGGCAGGAGGUAUGCAGUGCGAGGGCCAGUCGACAGACUCUCCCACCAAUAGCCUCAGAGAGCCAGGAACGAUGGAUGGGAUAGCCAACCAGCGGAGGCUGAGGGGCCGGGGGAGGGUGAAGGGGCGGGGCUGGAGGGCUAUUUCUCCCAGAACUGUGACUCCGCUUCUUUCUCCUCAUUCUCCUUGGACACCCCCUCACUGCCCCGCCGUCCACCCCCCCAGGAAGACACCGCCUCCUUGGUCUCCACGGGAACCCUGGUGCCCGAGGCCAUCUACCUGCCCCCGCCCGGCCACCGUCUGGUCACACACACCGAAUGGGACUCGCUUAACACACAGGUGAACACACACACACACACUUUGACAUCAAUUCACUAAGCAAACAAGUGAGCACUAGCCACACAAUCACACUCCAUCUAGGACUUAUACUGAACAAAAAUAUAAACGCAACAUGUAAAGUGUUGGUCCCAUGUUUCAUGAACUGAAAUAAAAGAUCCCAGAAAUGUUCCAUACACACAAAAAGCUUAUUUCUCUCAAAUGUUGUGCACACAUUUGUUUACAUCCCUGUUAGUGAGCAUUUCUUCUUUGCCAAGAUAAUCCAUCCACCUGACACGUGUGGCAUAUCAAGAAGCUGCUUAAACAGCAUGAUCAUUACACAGAUGCUGGGGACAAUAAAAGGCCACUCUAAAAUGUGCAGUUGUCACACAACACAAUGCCACAGAUGUCUCAAGUUUUGAGGGAGCGUGCAAUUGGAAUGCUGACUGCAGGAAUGUCCACCAGAGCUGUUGCCAGAGAUUUGAAUGUUCAUUUCUCUACCAUAAGCCGCCUCCAACGUCGUUUUAGGGAAUUUGGCAGUACGUCCAACCGGCCUCACAACCGCAGACCACGUGUAACCACGCCAGCCCAGGACCUCCACAUCCGACGACUUCACCUGCGGGAUUGUCUGAGACCAGCCAUCCGGACAGCUGAUGAAACUGUGGGUUUGCACAAACAAAGAAUUUCUGCACAAACUGUCUGAAACCGUCUUCGGGAAGCUCAUCUGCGUGCUUGUCGUCCUCACCAAGGUCUUGACCUGAAUGCAGUUCGGCGUCGUAACCGACUUCAGUGGGCAAAUGCUCACCUUCAAUGGCCACUGGCACGCUGGAGAAGUGUGCUUUUCACGGUUGAAUCCCAGUUUCAACUGUACCGUGCAGAUGGCCGACAGUGUGUAUGGCGUUGUGUGGGCGAGCGGUUUGCUGAUGUCAACGUUGUGAACAGAGUGCCGGAUGGUGGUGGGGUUAUGGUAUGGGCAGGCAUAAGCUACGGACAAUGAACACAAUUGCAUUUUAUCGAUGGCAAUUUGAAUGCACAGAGAGACUGUGACAAAAUCCUGAGGCCCAUUGUCGUGCCAUUCAUCCGCCAACAUAUACGACAGCGUGUUCCAGAUGCCGCAAAAUCCAGCAACUUUGCACAGCCAUUGAAGAGGAGUGGGACAACAUUCCACAGGGCACAAUCAACAGCCUGAUCAACUCUAUACGAUGGAGAUGUGUCGCGCUGCAUGAGGCAAAUGGUGGUCACACCAGAUACUGCUUUUCUGAUCCACACCCCAAAACAUUUUUAGGGGCAUCUCUGAAACAGACAGAUGUAUACCUGUAUUCCCAGUCAUGUAAAAUCCAUAGAUAAGGGCCUAAUGAAUUUAUUUCCAUUGAUUGAUUUCGUUAUAUGAACUAUAACUCAGUCAAAUGUUUGAAAUUGUUGCAUGUUGCAUUUAUUUUUGUUAUGUGUACUUAAAGCCUGUUAAAACAGUCAAACACACCAACGUUGGCUAUCAAACAGGUGAGCAGAACUGUACAGGUCUGGAGUGGACUCAUGACGUCUGAUCUGUAAAUGGUGUGGACUCAUGACCUGUGGUGUGGUGUGGACUCAUUAUCUCUGAUGUGGACUCAUGGCGUCUGAUGUGGUGUGGUCUGAUGUGCAGGUUGUGGAGCUGGAGGGAGAGCUGAGUCGACUGAGGGAAGAGAGGACAGAGCUGGACAUACAGACUACUGAGACUCACAAACACGUACUCACACCUUUACACACAUGGCAUAGACUGUAUAUUGAGAAACGUCAGUUAUCCAAGGAAUUGAAUGUGAAUGUUACUGUAUGUCUCGUGUGUGUUAGGUCUCAGUUCUCCAGUCUCAGGUUCAGACUUCAGAGGCCCUCCUACAGGAGCUGCAGAAAUCUUUCAACCAAUCACAGAAUGCCGUCCAUAGCAGGCUGGUGAGUGACAGGCACCUGGUCCAACCAGGGAGGAGGGGGAUGAGGUCCAUGUAGUGUGUGUGUUUGAGGUGUUUUGUGUGUGUACUUGUGUGUUGUGUUCCAAGGCGGAGCUGUCUCUCUCUCAGAGGAGGGUGUGUAGCGAGCUGUCCAGGCUAAAAGGGGAGGAGAUCGAGGAGACGGAUGGGGCAGGGGACGCCAACACACCACUUGGUCCUACACUACAGGUACAGUGUGUGUGUGUAUAUGCGUGCACGUUUGUGUGUGUGUUCAUACAGUCUAGAAUCAUUGAAAUACAUAGGAAACAUACUAUUACUGAAUGCACUACUGUACUCCCACCUGUAGGGGGCACACAGUGAGGAGAGGCUGCGUAUCGAGAUCGUCAACCUGAAGGAACAACUGGAGACCCGUGUGGAGGAGAGCGGUCUGUUCAUCUGCCUUUCCUUCGCUCUUUCCUUGUGUUUUUGUUUCUUUCUUUGUGUUGAUGAGUGUAAUAGAAACUGGCAGCUGUAUGUUGGUUUUUAACCAUUCUCUCUUUCUCUCCCCUGGUACUGCCUCAACAGAAGUUUUACAAGGUGAGUGGGCAUUGUUAUGUGUGUGUGUGUGUGAGAGAGAGAGAAUUUGUAAGUGUGUGGUACAGAAGGCCAUAGGAAUUAAUCAGUAAUGCAUCACACACAGGCAGUUGAUAACAAGCGUUGACCGUAGUAAAAUCAUAGGUUGUGUUAGAGUAGUUAGCCUAACGAAGCCGACUGUAGACGGAAGUUGACAAGUGAAGUCGGGGGAGGUGCAUCUGCCACAGCCGAAAGUCGGACACUGUAGUGGUUUUCCAACAGCAAGGCUCAGCUCAACAUGGUAGUGUCAACAUAGCUGCUAACGUUUAUGAAAGGUUUUCUUUAUAAAUGUCUAAAUAAACUUUUCUUUACCCCCAAAUCACACACUCACAAACUGAAAACAUAACGUACUUUCUGAAGUGCCUUCAGAAAGUAUUCACACCCCUUGACUUUUUCCACAUAUUGUUGUGUAAGAGCCUAAAUUUAAAAUUAAUUAAAUUGAGAUUUAUUGUCACUGGCCUACACACAAUACCCCGUAAUGUCAAAGUAAAAUUGUUUUUUGAAAUUUGUACAAAUUAAUUUAAAAUGGAAAGCUGAAAUGUGACCCACCACCUGGAUUCGGUCUUAUGUAGCAACAUUUGAAAUUGUGUUUUUCACAUUGGAUAAAAGUAGAGACUCAGAGCUAGAUAAUACACUACAGUUCAGGAACAAUAGGAAAAUAACCCCACUUUUGAGAAAAUGGCCCGUGAAUGUUUUGGUACACCUGGAGAGCUCUUCUUUGUCUACACCCAUUCAGCAUCGUUCACACUUGCUUAAGCCUCACCCAUCUCUUUAAGGAUUCACAUGUGAGGCCAAGUGCUAAACAGAGUGAAGACGGUAGUGUAGUAAACAUCCAAAGAUUAAGUCUAAAAGUGUUGAAAGUAAUAGCAAAAAGUAGUAGUAAAAAUACACUUUAUCUAGUCCUUGGCCUAUAUCCUAAUCUGACUUUGGUGCAGGUCAUGUUGUUCUUCACAUUACUGUCUCUGGUAAACACACACUUAUCAAAUAAAAUCAAAGGUAAUUUGUCACAUGCACAAGAUCCAGAAGGUGUAAACGGUACAGUGAAAUGGUUACUUACAUAGUGGAGUCUUUUGUUUAGACAUGUAGCUAGCUAGCUAAACAAUUAACCAAAAUCCCAACUCAUACUACCAUGCACCAGGCAUGAAUCUGCAGGUAGCUAAAGCUAACCAACUAGGUUCAAUGUUAGCUAACUAGCUAACAUUAGGCUAUAACUAGCAAUGCAAAUGGCUUUCUGAGAUACAAAUAAUAUUACUACACAGAUCAUACAUGUAACGUUAGCUAGCGAGCCAGCUAGCUAGCUAACAGUACGCUUUAACUUGCAAUGAAAACAACUUUCUGACAAAAUUAGAAAAUGUAACUAGACUCUUACCUGUAUAAAUGGAUGAACGCUUCUCCCCCUGUCAUGGAUUCCAUGGUUGCCCUUAGUUUGAAGAUGUAAUCCGGAGACAGGUGUUUUAUACAACAGCCUCCAGUGAUCUCUUUUUGACUCUCUCUGUAUUUGGCAAUCAUCUCUCUGCUUCCACUGGGCAUUCCACUGAUUUCAAAGCUCGGUCAACUUAUUUUGUGUCAACAACACUGUUGAUCGCCGUUUCUUCCCCCAUCACAGUCAUCAGAAGACUCUACAAUGUCUGGUUCAAUUCAAAUGUUUUUACCUAAAUCCGUGAUUUUCUCAUAGUCUGAUUCAUUUUCAGAGUCAGCAUGGCAUUUCCCACUGAUCUUAGUCGAUAGCGCUAUUAACUUCAGGGCAGCAAUGCAACAUUUUUCAGUUCUUCAUGAUAUCUUUCAAAAAAAGCUGCGGUAGAAAGGAUUAUCCACACAUACUGACCAGCUCAUGUUAUAGACAGAAGCAUGCUACAUGGCAGACCAAUCCGAACUCAUCUCUCGGCAUGUCCAGCCCAUCCAUUAUCUCAACCAAUCAUGGUUAGCGGGAAGGUUCCUGUAUUUUUCCGUGGCUAAACCAACUAGGCUCCUUUUUGAACAAUUUUAUUCUUAUUUACAGAUGGCAUUCAAGUUUGUUAUUAUGGUACAUGAAAGUUCACAAAAACGCAUUUUGAUUAAAAAAAUAUACGUUAAAAUGACUCUCCUGUGAAGUAGUGACGUGCAACAUACGCCCAGCUUGUUAAAACAAGUUACAAAUGUCUUGAGUCUAUAAGUAUUGUUAUGGCAAGUUCAGGAUAAAAAAUGUGCUAAACAAGAAGUUGCAUGGACUCACUCUGUGUGCAAUAAUAGUGUUUAAUAACCCCCUAGAGUCAAUGUCCGCACCUCUGCGAAAAUCUAGUUAACAUAAUAAAAAAUAUCCCCAUCAAAAUCUGUCUGUUUAAAUUAGAGAGAUCUGUUUUUUUGCAUGGGCUGCAUCUCAAUCCACCGCAUCCGCCAGUGGCAGCCUUCUGAGGUGGAAGGUGGCCGAGCUACAGCGGUGUUUGUCAGACCAUGAGACAUCCCGAAAAUCGGUCUUCUCAUGAAAACAUCUGUAGUGUCCGAACGGUUUGGCCUACAUGAGACUCUUACAAACACGAUGGUGUUCUCCGUUUAGCUCUACUACCCCCACAAGCGCCACGUAUGAAGUCAGUACCGCCGAUCUGCCAACUUCUGUCUGUAGCGUCCGAUCAGUUUGGUCUACACAGUAAUAUGACCCCUCUAUGCAAAGGUGAGACUCUUGCAAACAUGUACAUGUCGGUUGUUUUGACGCCCACAAGCCUCACAAGACUCGUCUGAAGGUAGCCCGAUACCAGUAAAAAAUAUGAAUGGAAGUAUAUAUGGAAGUAGUGUAGUGCCAAUUUUAUUUAGUUAAAUAUGGGUCCCAAAAUGUUUUCAUAAUUUCCUAUCGGUCUCUCUCAGAUAUAGGACAGACACUUUAAAACAAACUUAAAUUUGAUUUAUUUUUUGACUAUCUGUUUUUCCAUGUAUCAAUCUGUUAUUUGGUGCAUUUCUAUGGGCUAAUAGCAGUAAGGCCAAAUUUGAUGUUUUAUCAAAUCAUAUAUAUUUUUUAUAUCUAAAAGGGGUCCUAAAAUUCUAAAUCAAAUAGCUAAAUUAUCCUUGGUAUGACCGUCUUAAAAAACAAUUCCAUAUGUUACCUAAUUGACAGAGUGAAAAGAAGGAAGUGUACAGAAUAAAAAAUAUUCCAAAAGAUGCAUCCUGUUUGUAUCAAGGCACUAAAGUAAUACUGCAAAAAAUGUGGCAGAGCAAUUCACCUUUUGGCCUGAAUACAAAGUCUUAUGUUUGGGGCAAAUCCAAAAGAACAUAUAACUGAGUACCACUCCAUAUUUUCAAGUAUAAUGGUUGCUGCAUCAUGUUAUGAGUAUGCUUGUAAUCGUUAAGGACUGGGGAAUUUUUCUGUAUAAAAAAGAAAUGGAAUGGAGCUAAGCACAAGCAAAAUUCUAGAGGAAAACCUGGUUCAGUCUGCAUUCCAUCAGACAUGGGGAGUGAAUUCACCUUUCAGCAGGACAAUAACCUAAAACACAAGGCCAAAUCUACGCUGGAGUUGCUUACCAAGAAGACAUUGAAUGUUCCUGAGUGUCUGAGUUACAGUUUUGACUUAAAUCAGGGUGAAUAUCUAUGGCAAGACAUAAAUGGUUUUCUAACAAUGAUCAACAACCAAUUUGACAGAGCUUGAAGAAUUUAUAAAAUAAUAAUGGGCAAAUAUUGUACAAUCCAGGUGUGCAAAGCUCUUAGAGCAGGGGUGUCAAAUUCAUUCCAUGGAGGGCCUAGUGUAUGCUGGUUUUUAGUUUUUUUUCCUUUCAAUUAAGACCUAGACAACCAGGUGAGGGGAGUUCCUUACUAAUUAGUGACCUUAUUCAUCAAUCAAGUACAAGGGAGGAGUGAAAACACUCGGCCCUCCGUGGAAUGAGUUUGACGCGUGGCCUAGAGACUUACCCAGAAAGACUCACAGCUGUUUUCGCUGCCAACGGUGAUUCUAACAUGUAUUGACUCAGGGGUGUGAAUACUUAUGUAAAUUAUAUAUUUCUGUAUUUAAUUUUCAAUCAAUUUGUUAACAUUUCAAAAAACAUGUUUUCACUUUGUCAUUAUGGGGUAUUGUGUGUAAAUGGGUGAGAGAAAAAAAAUCGAUAUAAUCCAUUUUUGAAUUCAGGCUGUAAUGUGGAAUAAGUCAACGGGUAUGAAUACUUUCUGAAGGUAUUGUAUAAUGCAUUUGUUAGAGAGGUUUCAUAUCGCUUUCAUUUGUGUCCCCUGUAGCUUUAGAAUCGCGGCAAUGUUGGUUCCUGUUUCAGUCACGUCUUUGGUCGUGUUCGCGUGGGUCAACCAAAAACGUUGAUUGGUUGACAAGUAGUGCCUCCCAGUAGCCAGGCGAUGGCAGCAUGGUGCCGUCGGUGAAAAAUAACUGCAGCAAUUGAAGGAGACUUGCAUCAAAAACCGCAUGACCUUUGAUCACAUGCUUUUUGUGAAGUUCAUGCAGUUAUCCACAUAAUGUAAUACAUUUUGAAAGGCGGUGACUUGACAAAGCGUAUCCGCACGAACACGCCCAUUGUCUUUCCCUUGUGAAAGAGGUCUUCUGACCUCGAUGGGACUUCCUUGUUAAAUAAAGGUUUGAUAAAAAUAGUCCUGUUGACCUUUGCCCUCUGCAGUGCAGCUGUCCAGUCUGAAGACAGAGAUGGAGCGGGUCCAGUGUCAGAAGGAGAAGCUGCAGUUGGAGCUACAGACCUGUCACACCGAGCUACAAGGCCUCAGGGUGGCGCUCUCACACCUACAGGGAGACAGCAAGACUCUCAGCCAUGACAAGGUACAGGGGGACCAGGGAUAGAGGUGUGUGUGUGCCCAUGUUAUACCUGUUGUGUACUUAUCUUUCCUACUUUGGGAACACGAACAUGUUACUGUAGCUCUCUCCCUUUCUUUCCCCCUCUCUCACCCUCACCAUUCUCAAUCCCUUUCUCUCCAUCUCUCUCCCAGGCGUCCCUCCAGCAACAGUGUUUGGAGCUGCGUAGCCAGAUCAUCAGUAUGCGUUCUCAGAUGGACACCAGCCAGACGGUGCAAAGGGACUUUGUCCAGCUUUCGCAGUCACUGCAGGUACAGUACACUGAUUCAGGACCAGCACACUCAGGGUGUAUUCACAUUGGGUUGGUUUAUGUUAGUUUACAGCACUGAUCUAGGACCAGUCCAGCUGGAUUCCAUUUCAUGUUUGGUCAAUAGUCAAAUGACCAUGAGCCUUCCUCAUUGUCUCUCUCCCCCUCCGUCCUUCAUCCCUUUCUUCUAGGUGAAGCUGGAGUUGAUUCGUCAGGCUGAAACUCUGGACCAGGUCAGGGACAUCUUGGAGGAGGGGCUUCCUGAAGAGGGUGCCCCGCCCACUGAUGCCACGUGAGCCUAUCAGAGCAGCACAACAGAGCCAAAGCGACAGGAGAAACAGAAAGUAUUCCAAAGGUGACCAAUAAGAACGAGGCUGGACACGAAGAGCAACAGUAACCAUGGAGAAAGAUUGACCACUAUCAUGACUAUCCCCACGUUGAAGAGGAGUGGGCUGAGCAAGGUGCUGUGCAUAAUCACUGAUAUACAAAUCACCUUGCAUUCCAGACACUCCUUAUUAGAUUGAGAUCUGUGCUGGCCUUGUUCAGGCCAAUCCUCUUCAACAUUGGGAAUCACUGCCUCGGCUUGUAUUGUGACUUGGAAUAUUUGUACUUUGGAGCUGUUCAAUGAUGUUCAGAUUCUUUCCAUAUUUGGGAGUUUUUUAAAAUGUAAUUUCUCAUGUUCAAUGACCAAACACUCAUUCUAUGACCAAACUUAACCCCCUUUUUUAACUGGACUCAUUGAGAUAACUUGAAUAUUUGUAUUGAAGUUCCUGACUCGACAUUCCCGCCAGUCAGAUGUGAUGACAAACAUUCCAUUACAGCAUUAUUGGAAGUCACUAAAAUGUUGAAAAAAGGCCAGUAUCUACUGUAAGUUAUACCGUAUUAUGAUACUUCUGACGCAUGGAAAUACACAUAUGCACACACUCACCCACCUCUCAGGACCAGCGGGCAACACACACACUUUGCUUGACUUCCAAUCAUUGAUCUAAAAGCACUGCCCUUGUUGAUACCAGCGAGUAACACUAAAAACCCUGUUCCCAUUCUCUCUUGUUGAUACUAAUUGCCUUAAUAUAUAAAUAUACAUUGAAAGACUACUCAUUGCAGGAUCA